AUGGAUCAGAGAGGCGCACACUUGGCCCCGAAGCCCCGCGGGUCAGUACGAGGCGCGCGCUCCAGCCCGCACCGACCGCUCGCGUUCACGAACGGACCGGAGGCCGACCAGGACCGGCGACAGGGACCGGGGACAGCAGCGCCCCCGCCCCUCCCUAGAAGGGACCCGCCCGCAGGCUCAGCGAACACCUGCGACUUCGCGGCGGGGUCCCGCGCACGCACCGUCUCAUUACCCUCCCCCCGCCCCACCCGGAGCACCACGCGCGCAGACAGCCCGGCCACCGCAGGGGCGGGGCUUGGACUCUCCUCACCUGAGGCGGCCGCCCGGGUCCGCCCCGCGCGUCCGCCCCGCGCUGCCCACAACCCGCCUCCCGCCGCCCGCCGCUCGCGCCCGCCGCCCGGCGCGCAGUGCGGAAACGGCCCCUGCCUGCCCCGCGAUCGGCGCGAGGCCCGCCCUGCCCGGCCGGCCGGAGUCGUCCUCUCAGCCGCGCCGCCGCGCCGCCCCGGCCGUUUCCACAACGGCUCCGCCUCAACGGUCGGGAGGCCGGCCGUCUCCCCGCUCGCCCACCCGCCGCUGCCGGAGACCGGCCCGGCGCCGCGAUCCCCCGCCACGCAGCCCCACCGUCAGGGAGGCCCGGCCCGGCGCCCGGCUUUACCUGCGGCUGGAAGAAGCUCCCCCGUCCGGCCCCCGGAGCCGCCGCCACAGCCGCCGCCUCGCGUCGGGUCUCCAGCCUCCGCUCCUCAGGCUGCCGACGGAUGGCGGGAAGCAUCCGACCAAUCAGCGCCGCGUGCGUUCGGAAGCGCGUCCAAUCAGCGCAACGCGCAGUUCAGGCUCCGCCCCUAUUACCCGACGGCGACGCAGGAGUGGCGGAGGCCGGAGCCAGGGGCGCCGCGGUGGGCGGGGCAGGGUAAGUGGACUGCGCGCUGCGGUCGCUGCUCCGGCCCCGGCCCCAGAGGACGCGCCCGCGGCCCUGCCCGGCCUGCACUGCCCGACCCCGGGGCAGACAGUCGCCGCCCAGUCGCCGCCGUGCAGAACGCCGGCCAGCAGGGCGUGGGCGGCCCCGGAGACCUCUAG